AUGAUACUAUCGAAACUUUAUACGGACAUUCUUUGGUUGAUUCCGGUAAUAACGUACUUCACUUUGGUGAACUAUGUGGUACCUGGGCUGGGUGACUUAUUAUUUUUAAGGGUCUUAAAUGAUAUAAUUUAUGGACGGGUCCAUAAAUUAAAAAAACUUAAACUUCCAACAAUGUCCACUUUUUCGAUAAUAUUCAAUUUAUACUUUUCACUACCAAAAAAAUCAGAUCAAAUAACUAGUCAUAAUUUAAAUUUAUUAUUAUCUGAGUCUGAACGUGAUUCUUCAAAAACUACUUUAGAUCGAAUGAAAGAAGAAAAUCGUCAAUUAUUAUCAAAAUUAACAAAUUUAGAAAACGUAUUUAAAUCUGAACCAUCAAAAAAUAUAUCUACAAUGCCUAUAUCAUAUAAUACAAAUCACACAACAGGAAAUUUAAGUGAUAGUGAUAACGAAGACGAUUAUUAUUGUACAAAUAAUCGACGACGAACUUCUCGUAGAUCAAGAAUUAAUAGUAAUAGAAGCAUUAGUAGUACAAGACAACGUAGUUCUGGUUACUCUUCAAGUAGUAAUACUGCCACUACUAAGAAUACUUAUUUAUUCUCUUCAACAUCUGCUACGAAUAAUGGUGAUACUGAUAUUACUGGUUUUAGUUCUGAUGAAGGUAAUAAUGAAAAUCAACUUGUAGUUGAUGAAAAAACUGAAGCUGGAAAUAAAAUGUACUGGAUGCAUAAAAUAAUAGAAUCUGUUGAGGAAUUUGAUCCUCGACAAACAUAUGCUUUAGAGCGUAUUGGUUCUGGCGGAAAUGGUAAAUUAUAUAAAGCAACAGAUCACCUUACAAAACGAGUAAUUGCCGUGAAAUCAAUCAAUCUCAUGGAUUCGAAACUACUUAAUGUUACUUAUGCAGAAGUUAUUGCUUGUCGAAUACUUAAACAUCCAAACAUUAUUACAAAUUAUAAACAAUGUAUAACCGACAAUUUUACUGAACAUUUCACUACUACUUCACUUUUUGAAUCAUCUGCUUAUAAACAUACUUUAUUUAACGAGAAUU